AUGUGCAAAGAGUUUGAAGAAAUCAUGAAGAGCAAAUUUGAAAUGAGUGCAAUGGGUGAAAUGAAAUUCUUUCUAGGACUGCAAGUUGAGCAGAAAAAGGAAGGAAUUUUUAUUCAUCAAACCAAAUAUGUCUAUGACAUUCUAAAGAAAUUUGGUAUGGAUGACUCUUCACCUAUAGGGACUCUAAUACAAGUUAAUCACUUGUUGGAAGCUUCAAAUAGGUUGGAUCAAGAUGUUGAUCCCACAUUAUAUAGGUCAAUGAUAGGAUCACUUAUGUAUCUUACAUCAUCAAGACCCGAUAUUAUGGGAGGGGAGUUCAACCUGUAUGCAUAUACAGACUCUGAUUAUGGUGGUUGUAAUUUCGAUAGAAAAUCUACUUCGGGAGGAUGUCAAUUUUUGGGAGACAGAUUGGUAUCAUGGCAGUGCAAAAAGCAAACAUCUGUUGCAAAUUGA